CUUCAGCGUGCUAUUGAAAACAGCUGACGCCGCAUUAUUGUUUGUUUGUUUGAACCGUUUGGACGGAAAAGGUUGUUUUGUGAGUUGAAAAUUCUCCUGGAAAAUGGCCAGCAACAUGGCUAGCAAAGCCAGCACAUCGAAGAUCAUUGAGGAUGUUAUAAUUGAGGAAGUGGACAGUUCAACACUCAAUGAGGAAGAGCUCCGAACCUUUGUCCCAGCGGACAUUCACAAUCUCCCAUCAGGAGGGAAGCACCAGGUGCAGACAAAUGAGGAAGAAGGGGAGCUUAUAAGGCAGCUGGUGAAUGGAGAGUUAACAUUUAGUGAGUACAGUGCGCGGAUGGGGAGGAAUUCGGAGGAUAUUGAGGCUGAAGAGGAGGAGGAACGUGCCCCGGAGGAUUUUGAGAAGGAAUUAAUUCGAUCCCGUCGGGAGGCUUUUCGUGGCCAGCUCGGGGGCACUGUGCAAAAGUAUAAAAGGCGCAAAUGUAUCCUCCCGCCAGCAUUGCAGGGGCUAAUGGGUGAGGCUAAUCUCUGCUAUGCUCGAGGGGACAAUGAGCUGGCCAAGAAGGUUUGCUUGGAGAUCAUCCGUCAGGUGCCAUUGGCGGCUGAACCAUUUCUCACACUCGCUCAAAUCUAUGAGGCAACGGAUUUGGAGAAAUGCAUGCAAUUCAUGCUAAUUGCUGGAUAUCUCAAUCCCGGGGAUACCCAUCACUGGAUUCGCCUAUCGGAGAUGUCCGAGGAGGUGGGGAAUAUGAAGCAGGCUGUCUUCUGCCUGUCGCGCGCCCUGAAGCACGAUCCGCGGAAUAUGGAGGUGCGCAUGAAGCGGAUUGAGCUGCUGGAGAAGAUGGGCGAGGAGCGUUUUGCCCUGCAUUGCUACUUCACGAUGAUCCCCUACAUCCCGGCGGAGCAGGGUGAGUACCUGCUGUCGGUGGCAAAGAAGGUUGCACAUAAAUUCCAUCAGGAGAAUAAUGGGCAGAAGGCGCUGGAGGCCAUGCGGAAGGCCUAUGAGAAGAUUCCGGAACUCUUCAGUACAGCCGAUUUGAAUCUCCUGCUUGAGCUCCUCAUUAUGGCGGAGCGCUACGAGAAGGUCAUUGAGAUCCUGGCCAAUCACACGGAAGUCCGGGCAAGUGUGGCCAAUGGGGAGGUGCUGAGUUGCUUCAUCCCUGAGAACCUCAUCAUUGACUUCCGCACGAAACUCGCCGUCAGCUUGAUCCGUUUGCGUGCUCAACCCUUCAUUGAUACCGUCAUCAGCAACAUUCUCCUGUAUGUGAAUGUGGAAGUUGACGGGGAUUGCGUCCUGGAGGUGGCGGAGGCUCUAAUGAUGAUGAAUGAGUACGCAAAGGCACUGCAGCUGCUGAAUCCCCUUGUUGAGAGUCAGAAUUUCAGCUAUGCCGAAGUUUGGCUACGUCACGGUGACUGCCAGAGGGCGCUGGAGCACUUCGAUGAGGCCAUUCGCUCCUACAGGGAGGUUGUUAAUCUCGCCCCAACACACCUGGAUGCCCGUCUAACCCUUUCAGCCCUGCUGAAACUCAAAAAUCAACCCCAAGAAGCCCUCAAAGCGCUCGAACAGGACCUCGAAACGGACCUCAUUGACCCAAAGCUCCUCUAUGAGCGAUGCUUCAUGCUCCGGGAAACGGGGAAUUUGGAUCUCUUCGUUGACUUAAGCUACAUCCUCUUCUCCCGGCAUUGUGUCAAGUACAGGACGCGCGAGGAGGUGGAAACGGCGGCAUCGGUGCAUGUUUUCGCCCAGAAGAUAAACAGCAUCAAAGAUCUUCGACAGGUACGACUGGAGAACCUCGACGAUGACUACGGUCCGGAAUUCACAAAGAGCACCGAAGAGCCCACGCUUGAGGAGGAAUGGACACUCUUCCGGGAUGUCGUCCAAACGUGCUACGAAUCCGGGCGUUUUGACAUAAUGGAGAAGAUCACAGUAGGCGGGCUAACGUCAAAACGCCUCCAGGGGCACAUCAGGGACAUUGAAUUUAUGGCCCUGAUUGCGUGCCUGUACAACCGGGACUCCCUAAUGGCCUACUUCAUUGUCAAGGAGUUCCUCAUGAAAAACCUCAAGGAGCCACGUGUGUGGAAUCUCUUCAAUCUCAUCAUCAACAAUUCCGACGAAGUGCGCGCCAGUCGUUUCCUGCAGCGUAUGCUCAACCAUCAUGGGAAUGAUCUGGACAGCAGGACGCACGUUCUCAGGGCGAACUAUUGGCUCGCCAGUGGGACCUACAAGUACGCCCUCAAUGACUACAUGUCGCUGUACACGAAGAUGCGCAACCCGGUGUAUGCUUUCCUCGUUGGGGUGACGUACCUGCAGUUGGGAAGUCAGAAAUUCGGACACAGACCGAACUACCUCAAGCAGGGAAUUGCCUUCAUGGAUGAGUACAUGCGGACACGUGAGAAGGAGGCAGCGCACGAGGUUUCCUACAACUUGGGAAGGUUCUACCAUCAAAUUGGGAUGCUGCACAUUGCAACGAGCUACUACAAACAGGUGCUGGACUACACGAACAGCAUCAUUGAAGAGCAUCCGGAGAUUGUUGAUCUCAAACGGGCAGCAGCCUACAACCUGCACCUCAUCUACCGAGAGUCACGGAAUUACGAUCUAGCUCGCUACUAUCUCUACAAUUAUAUUGUUGUUUGAAACUUUGUUUUUUAAAUAAGUUUUUUUAAAAAAAAAAAACCUUGACUGAAAUAUAUAUUUUUAAAAAAGAA